GCCUGAACCUUUGGGGUCUGGAGGCCCCGCCCACCACAGAGGUAACGAUCCCGCCAGGCUGAACCUCAGCUGACAGGGGUGACAGUAGCUCUGCUUUCCCUCCUCUCCGUUGUUGUGCUGUCUGGAACAAGGCUUGUGUGGAUGAGCUCAUCUUGAGGACUGACAACAGCUGAGUCUUUCUGGAAGCUCUCACUUAAAGUCAACGGGGCCAUAGAGUAAUCCAGCGCCAUUCCGCUGUUUUUCAAGUACCGUCAACACAAACCAUGUGUUCUGGAGUGGAGUUUGCAGAAUUUCUCUCCAUCCUUGGGGGGCUCUGUUUAUCAAGCAAACCAAGCAGAGAGGCUAAGAAACAGCAAGCUGCAAAAGAGGCUCCCCAAGAAUAGAGUUCGGGGGUCAGAGAUGUCCAGAGCCCUCGCUUCCGGUUCUCCAGCGGACUUUCCGAGCCAUAUUCUUUUAGACAAGAGCAGCUUCUUUAAAACUGCCCGCAGUGGAAUUAUAUUCAGCACCAGGAACUGUAAAACAAGCAUCUUCCUCACAAAGCAUGUUCCAUGCAAAAGCAUUGAAGGAACAUAGAAGAGCUGGGCAGGCCGAGAGACGCCUCACUUUCCGAUGUUACACUCUGACACUGAGAAUGUUGCUGUGUUCCAACACUUCAAAAGCCUGAUUGACCUGAGAAGACAGGGGGAGCCGCGUCAGAUAGUGAAGUAUAUUAAUCCCAAAGAGGCGGAGCUCCUAGAUGCUGCUGCUGGCAUUCAAGUCCGAUUCAGGCUGGGUGGGGUUAAAUUUCCACCGGAGAUAUACUAUAAAAUUUUUACUCACAGACAUGUUGAAGAUCUGUGUGCUAACAGCCCUAGAGAUUACACAAAGCUUCCAGCAAGAUACACAUCUCAUAACAAGAAUGAUCCACCUCAGGUUGAGGACCACAGUGGCUGGUACCGCCGCAUAGAGAACAAUGGCUGGCGGCCUGUCUCCCAGAGAUUUUGGAUACCAAUGGAAAACGAAGUAUUGGAAAGCACAAAGGAAAGUGAAUUCCAUUUCUCUAAACUGAAGAGAAAGCAAGAUAUGGAAAAGAAAAGAAAAAUUAAAAAGAUAGAAUGGAUGCGGGAAAUGUACUACCUGGGAAGCCUGGAGGCCAAGGCGACCCAUCAUGAAACGCUAGGCCUAAUUCACAAAGCCACAAAAGGACUAAUCAAGAGUAUUGAAGAUGGUGGCGUAGAUUCUGUGAUGGAAUGGGAAGUAGACGAAGUGCUGAACUGGACAAACACACUCAACUUUGAUGAAUAUAUUGCUACCUGGAAAGAAACUGCUACGAGCAACUCUUCAGCUAACUUAAAAGAUGUGAGGCUUGAACAAAUCCAGAAAAAUCUGUAUGAUAACUAUGGAGAUGGGUCAGAGGCACCAACGGAAGGACCAUACGAGGAUAAUUACUAUGAAAAUAUUUACGUAAGGCCACAGUUCACUAGCUUAACACCCAAUUCCAUGUUUGAAAUGAAUCCAUAAAGGACUUCCUUUUCUGAGCAAUGGCCCUUCAAGCCCAUUUUUCAGUUAAAGCCAAGAGACUGAAUAUUUCGACUACAAUGACUUAUGUAUAUAUUAUUUGCUCCUAACUAAGGAAGACUUCAGAAGUACUACACUGGACAGUGUAUAGUUCUUCCUGGUAUUCUGAUAAACUGUAGUUGUCUGAAAUCACACUUAAAAUAAAGUAUAUUUAGGUUGUUAAAAAAAAACCUCUAAAUGCACUUUGCUUUUAGCACAGUUGCUCAGGGCAGAGCUCAUUCACUGUACACAGGUCCAAAUGGCCCUCACCUAUUUUUUUUCCUGAACCGUCCACUUAAGAAUUUCUUAAAUGAUACAAGGUAACAAUUUACACAUUUCAAGGGGGGAAGUGUAUUUCACAGCACUUAUACAAUGUGUACCCGUCAAAUCUGGGUGGUCAUGGUUCCAUCUCCUUUAGUUUGGUGCCUUUGGAUGGACACAGUGAAUGUAGGAGGCAUGGAUUUCUUUGGUACGUUGAUUUCCUUUAUAUAAACACCAGAAGUACCACUGCUGGAUCACACAGUAGUUUUGCUUUGAAUUUUUUGGA